CCACCUUCUCUUUAUUUUCUUCAACCUUUGCUCAUACAUUCAAUGUCGACUAAGGAGACGCUGCUGGGUACUCAGCACCGCAGCGUGCAUUGGGCAGUUGUGGACAGACUGGCGUCAAAGCCAAGCGCAGAUUCAAACGCAAGGGAGAUACAGUUCGGCGAGUGGCAAAAGCUGCUAGGCUGGGAAAUUGCGGCGGCAGCCCCGCAAGUGUUUACACGAGCAAUAGAGCACAUAGUACAUCUGGCGCUAUCAGGCAAGGCCGAUGUUGUGCAGACAGUGCGUGUUCUCAGCGAUCUGGUGGUUGUGCCUGAAACUCAGCGGUGUCGUGUCAGCGAGACUUUGGUUCUGUCUUCAGCUAGCCAGGCACUUGUCAGGCUUGUGGUUUCUGGGGCCGAUUCGCUUGUGUAUGCGCAGGGGAGCAGUGCCCGCGACAAUAUAAUGCGAAGGGCGGUGGAAACGAACCCCGAUGUGUGGCAAUACGUGCUGCUGCACCUGCGCGAGGCUCUUUGCUCGAAUGAGAGGGCGUUUUCUGAGGUGUGGCAGGGCUGCUCACGAUUCCUGGUGUUUGCUGUCAUUGACCCAUCGGUCCCUUCCUGGGCACAGGUGCAGGCGAUCCAGACUGUCUUUGAACUUGUUGCCUUGCAGACUCAGCGGCCGGAAGAGGCGUUGGCCGUGCUCGAAUGGGCUAUUGACCUUGGCGUGCGGAUUCCAGUGACAGUAUACAACAACCCAGAACUGUCGGGCCGGUGGUGUCGUCUCAGGUGGAUAGUCGAGUGCUGCCAAUCAAUCCUGGUGCUGUCUCCAAGUGCAUCUGACGAAGUGGCGACAAGGCUGCUUGACUGCACUAGCAAUGUCCGGUUGAUUCUGGCGUCGCUGGCGUACAGCGAAGCGCUGAGCAAGUUCUCAUCUCAACAGCCGGCCUUGCCUCGCACGCACCAGGAUGACACCACAGUCUCGCUUUGGUUGAUUCGGAUUACCCGCACUGCAUAUGCUCUUCAGCAACAAGCAACCACAACCGACGCGCAGUAUCGGGAGCUGAUCGACAUGGUUGUGUGGACUACAGCAGUAUCCCAGAUUGCUCGGUCUGCAGCCCUUUUGGGACAGAAGAACUGGCUGGAGCUGCUUGAAAUGACCGUGCGCAACAAGCAAGUGUUUAGCGGCGUACCUCGCCAGGUCAGGGCGCUAGCACGCUUCCCGCUAUUGUGUGUCGCAAUGGACGGGUUUACGCCGGAUGUUUGCUCGCGUGCGCUUAGUCUCUCGGUAGACAUUGAUCAGACUGCACCGGCGAGUGAGCUUCGUGACCCUGGUAGCUUCGGCAAACUUCAGACGCAGCUCACAGUAAUGUCAACAUCUGGAUGGGUCUCGGGACGCCUGGCACUUUUGUUCCAGAAUCUGGUCGAUUACCUAGAAGUUGCUGGCUGGGUUGGCUGCCACACACCAGGUGCUGGCAGUCGAGACAAGCCGCUGAACACGAUAGCCAAUGCCAUGUCGCCGAUUUCAGAUCGGCCAUUGCUGUUGGCACCGUUUAUGUUUGACUGGACCGAAACCAGCUCGGUGGUCCCACGCCUUGCACUGGCCAAACUGGUGGCAUUGCUCGCCACAUACCCGUCAAUGCGGCUAAACUUGCUGCCACUGCUGAUGGGCGUGCUGCGGCACCCAGAGGCGCCGGCGAAACUGCGACACGCGAUUAUCCUAGACGCACUGCCUUGUCUGGCGUCGACACACGAUGCAUAUGCGACAUCUCGCGUGGUGUCAAUCAUCUCGGGCAUGUGGGGCCAGGCCGGCAAGCAGGGAUCAAUGCUGCGCACAGGGAGGUGCGACACAGGGAGUAUCCGCCUACGCUGCCUGGCAGUUCGGGCCUGGUACAAAACAGUUCAGCAUAACCCGCGGGUCUGGCGCGACCUAAAGCCGGUCUUUGUGCAAUGGGUUGAGAGCAAGAAGGCUGCGCAGCUGUCGCGCAAGGCUGGAAGUGCGCUGGAGCCUGAAUACGAGUGGACAGUUCUGGUCACUAUGCGUGACUUGGUGCAAUAUGAGCCUGAUCGGUACGCUGACCAGGUUCUGCCAUUUGUUUACUCGUUACUCAGCUAUGCACUGCCGUCACUGUCUGCCAGCAGUACCGCACUGCUAAUUGACAUUGCCAAUGUCUGUGUCGAGGCGAACGUAGCGGGCGUGCGCAGCGUGUGGGCGGCAAUUGUCAAGAAGGCGGCCGAGCUGUGGACAGCCAGGAUCGGCAAAGGCCAUGCGCAGACAGUGCUGGUGCUUAUGUCUCUGGCAAAGUUCUUUGCUCUGGUCGCUACACAUGGUGAGGACACGGAGACGUAUGCAGCCUUCCGCCAAGAGAUCCUGGCAGACUUUGUAGAGCCGCUGUGCGGGCUCCCCAAGCAGCGCGAGGCAUCGGAAGAUAUCGGAUCGGACACCAAAGAGGCUGCAUCGACUACUCUGCUGCUGGAGCCCCGUGCCCGCGACCUGUUCCUGUCCGCGCUGUCAAAGUAUCCACUGGAAGAAGUGCUGCCGCUGCUUUCAGGAAGCACAACGAAUCAGGCAGUGCACAGGAUUGUUGUGUCUCUUGUCCAGCAGCUGCAGGAGCAAGAUGGCUUGUCGAUUGGCAAGCUCAUGGAUAGGAUCUCCCGGUCGGGCAGCUGUGCUGACCUGCUGGCCUGCCUGAUGGACAAUGAGGUCAGGUUCAUGCGCCGCAGCCAUAUUACCGGAAGCAGUGCACAGGGAAAGACAAGCACCGAGGACGACGAGAACGAUGCGGCCGAUCAGGGACAGCGUCGAUCGUGGACGCGCUCCAACUUUGAGCGAAGCCAGUGGCUGAAUGACGUUCUGUUGCCGGCGCUGGCCAAGGUUUGCAGCGAGUACUGGGACGGUCCGGCUGCAGAUCAGCUGGACCAAGUAACAGGGUACGCAAUGGCUGCUAUGAUGGGGCCGUCGGUGACAGACGGUGCAGAUGGGCCGGGGCAAGCGGAGGACCUCCCGGCCAGUGCUGGUAUCGACCGAUUUGCAGCACAGCUGACGUCGCUUAUUGUGGAUAUUCCGCUGGCUGAUCACUGGUGCGUGCGCAACAGUGCAGCCGACUCGUGGUCAAUUUGGUUCACCAAUGCGUUUGCUGCUAUCCAGGCAGACCUUGCUAGCGUGGGUGCUGGCGCCGACCACAACGCAGUGUCGACCAGCGACAGAGCCAGUGCGAUAUCGCUGGCCAGCAGCCAGUUCUUCAAUGCUGUCAGCGACAGCUUGCGUGCAAGCCACGUUCCAGCCCACCAGGCCAACGCCAUAUUUGCCUGCGUCGGUCUGGUCAAAACAGUCGCUGGUGUCGAUACUACGCAAGGCAGUGUGUUGGCAGUCGCGGUAAGCGAGCUGUUGAAUUCGACACGGACACUGCCGUUCAUUACGGCAUCUCCCGAAGAGUUUUGGGCGGAGAGCGCUGGAUCGCGCAAUGAAGAGGUGCUGGCGGCCGCCAUCGAGUGUGUGGGGCAGAUUGCUCGUCCGAACAGCGACGACACGCGCAUGCUGAACCGUACAGCCCGGUUCCUGAUGUCGGCGUUGACGCUGCAGGCCGAAAAGAAAUGCAGGAUCGCAGCCAGCGUGCUGCACUCCAUUGGACGGUCGAUGAUCUUCCUGCACUCGGCUCUGGAUAGCCGCAAGGCUGGCGGCGGAAAUAGCGAGUCUGACACCGACGAUGGCAUCGUGGUAGAGUCUGACGACUUGCGGCGCUGUGUUGAGCGCCUGGGCAUCUUCCAGCCAGCUGGCGACAGCGGUGCUGGACCAGUCGUCGAUCUGGGCAACAUCGGGCUGGCCAUGUCGCUGGCCACAAUGCACCGGCACUGGAUCGCGCGGCUGAUCAACCCGGCGCUGGCUGAGCAGAACCAACUGCCGCGCGCGUCGCAGGCAGAGCGCCUGGUAUCGCAGACGCUGCGCACUGCGUUUGACUCUGUCAGGCAGGUGGAGUCGGGCAGGUGGAGCCAGGCAGCGCUGACCAGCCUGUUCUAUCUGUGCUUUGUAUGGCCGCCCAAGCCCAUCACACCGCGGCACAUGGAGCUCCAUGGCAGUCUAUUUGCGGUGACGCCCGACCGGGUUUGGCUGACAGUGACUCGGCUGUUGCGCAAGCUGUGGAGCUCUGGUGACGACGACUCUGGCAAGAAGCAGUCAACCACGCGUGAUCUGGAACUGAUUAACCAGAUCGAGCUGGCAUAUGCAGCGCUAACGUACCACCUUGUAAUGACUGGAGGGCAGGGAGCAGCACACACAACGCAUGCACGCCUGGUGCGCCAGUUCUCAGAGACCAUCGAGGGCGAUUUUGGCGAUCUGGAGCUUGCAGCCACAGAGAAGCCCAGUCUGCGGGCGAACCGCACAGUAUCGCUGGCCAUUCUGCUGGGUAUUCCUAUGCAUGGCGUGCCCGAGACGACAGUCAGCAACGAGUACCUGCCGCUAGCGCAACAGAACAAUCUGCCUGUGCUGUUGGGUGUGGGAUCCGUGCAGUAUGGCAGCACUGCAUGGCUCAGGCUGCCAGAACAGACGCUGCAGAAGCCGCUGGGAUCGCUGGUGGCCUGCUCUGGCCUGCUACGCUACCUGAAGAACGAUGGCAAUGACGCAGGCACGGCCAACGAUGCAGGACAAAACAGCUUUGUGAGCAAGAUAGCUCGGGCGGAGAUUGACGAUGUGCGGGCUGCGCGCAUUGCCGGAGUGUGUCUAAGUGCGCUGUGGGCGCAGUCUCGUCGCUCCAUGCAUCUGCUUAUUGCCGAGCAGCAGGACAGCGGGCUGGUCGGUGCCGAUAACUCUACGGGCGCCGGCGAGUCAGCACAGAGAGCUGCUGUGGCCUCGGAGUUUGUGGAGACGGCCACUGCCGAGGAGGAGCCGCAGAGCCUGAGCCGCCUGCCAGCACCCACCAGCUGGUGCCGUGCGUUCUGGGAAUGUCUGUGUACGCUGGCAGGGUCGCUGGAGGACAAGGAAUCCGGCAAGAUUGUCGACUCGGUCGAGUGCAAGCUUGCGUAUCUCCUGCACUCAAUGCUGCAGAUGACGCGGCCGUUCCCGCUGGUCGAUUUCAACGGAGUGUUUACGCGUGUGCUGCAGGUGUAUAUGGCCAGCGACCGGAUCGGCAGCUCGGCCAACGCUCCGCUGCCUGUGCUUUGGCUGCUGGUGAGGGUUGCUAGCAGGUUCAGCGCGACAUCGUACUCGAUGACGCUGUUCUUGACAAAAGCCGUGCAGAGCAUUGUUGGCAGGGCAGUCGAUAUUGCACUUGGCUCGCCUGCAAGCGACCAGUAUUUGGACAAGAUCGGUAGCAACUCGCUGCUGGCACUGGCAAUUGCCUGUGUAGGCGACACCGGGCUGGGCAGACUGCUGCAGCUGUCGGGGUUCGUCGCCACCAGCAGCGCUGCGAUAGGCGAUGACUUGCUGGCUCGCCGCGCGUUGGCGGCAAAGUUGAAGAGCAGUGUGAUCCCGAGAGAGGUCGCUUCAGCAGUCUGUACCGACGAGGUAUGCGUGUCGCAAGAGCUGGCGUCAAUCGUGAACCGCACACAGACUGGAGGAGAUAGCCAGGGCCAUUCGCUGAACGGCACGGAGACCGAGGCUGAGCGCAUGUUCCGGCUGCUGAGCAAGGUUGUGAUCCCAGCGCAAAAGACCGCCAAUGUGUGUGUGGGCUUGAUGUCGCGGCUGCAGCUGAGCGCCAAGCAAGGCGUGACGAUUGGAUCGCCGCAGAUAUUUGCCUACCAGAUUUUCAUCCUCGACACCUUUGCGGAGUACAUUCCGACUGCUGGAAACAAGUCUUCUGGACCCCAGCAAGGCAUGGUGGUGCUGGAUGCAGCGCGGCAGAGGAUCGUCGGCGAUUUGUUGCAAGCACUGGGGGCAACCAAGCAGAUCCGCCAUGGCCGCGAGCUCGCGGCGAUGAGCCGGCGGAUAAUCUCAGCAACGUUCUCUGGGCGUGACAGCGCAGAGCGGGCUCUGGGCCAACCCAUGGACCAGCUCGACACGGAUGGGUUCUGCGAGGCUGUCGAGCAGCAGGCGCUGAUUCUGCGCCACCAGCUGGCAACGUCAGCGGCGGUCCACGAGCGGCGCAGGAUGGUGGGGGACUGGCUCAAGCGCCUGGUCAGGGAGUGGGCGCAACGUGGCUCUGGGACCGGCCGCAUGGCUGUCAACAGCGCAGUCGCGUGGGGCCUCCGCAGCGUGGCCAGCCAAAUACACUCAUGUGAGAGUGAGCAUGCUGGUAUUGCCCGUCACUAUGUCAUUCAAGCACUGGACGUGCUGAUCCUUGCUGGCAGCAUUGUGCGGUCGGGCAGCCACGACACGGCAGCUUCCGACUGGAUAGCGUCGCUGUUGAGCGUCAGCUGGCUGCUGCCAAUUUUGGCCGGAGUGUCGCUGGCGCACCCCGAGGGUGUGACCGAGGUGCAGGCAUGCGCGGCGCUGGCUGGCAUUGCCAGCGACGAGAUGUUGGGAUUCGUGGGAGCGCGCGGCAGCGGAUCUGGCACAGAUCGCGGCGCAUCGAUAGGCGACGCAAAGGCUGUGUUUGCCGAGCAGCUCAGAUCACGCAUGGUGGGUCUGCAGGAGCUGGUUGGCGCGCCAGUGCUCCAGCGCCAUGUGCGGCUGGCGCUGUCCGACCUCGCCGUGUUGGGGUAUCUGCCUGAUGUCCUGUUCAGCCUCUUUGUCUAA